AUGGAUGGAAAAAUCACCGAGGUCCAAUUCUCCAACUUCCUGUUAACCUACGCUGGAUUCUCGGAACAGAAGCGUCGUAAAAUGAUACGCAGGGUGAAGCAAAAGUUCCCGAAAUCUGAGAAUCCACCGGGAGUUACCUAUCGUGAUUUCGCCGAUUUCAACUUACUGCUCCGGUCCAUCUCAGAUGUGGAUACCGCAUUGACCUUUCACCACAUGGCUGGUGCUGCUAUCGAUCAAGCCACACUGAAACAUGUCGCGUUGACUGUUGCUAAUGUGAAUCUGUCACCUCACGUGAUUGAUGUGGUUUUCACAUUGUUUGAUGAAAACAGUGAGUUCAACAGCGCACGAUACAUUUCGAAUUUUCUUUGCAGUACAUUGUGGCGCUAA